CUUGCCGUAGCGCAAAUGAAAGGAAACAAAUAGCUGCCAGGUGCAAUGGCAGAAUUUUAUGGGUGACAUCAAGUCGACACUACAGUGUGAGAAUGUCACAUUUAUGGUGUUGUUUAGACACGUGUAGGAUUUUAUAAACUUAGGCACCCUUUAUGCAAACUCGGAAAAUUGCCCGUGCUGUGGAAUGUCCUGCGCCGGAGGCGACGGCAAUGAGCGCAACCGUGUCCUUGCCACCAAUGGCUGAGCGCCUCUGACAUGCUGUCAUCGUGUUGACAAAAUGUUGCCGUCAGGUACAGAAGUGGUGGCCCGCUACAACUUCAAUGGCAAGUCGAGUGAGGACCUGUCUUUUACCAAGGGGGAUAUCAUGACCAUCGUCUCCGAGACUCCGGACUGCAAUUGGUUCCGGGCAAGGCAUAGUGAUGGGCGUGAAGGCCUGAUACCACUCAACUACAUCCUCCGCAGGGCGGAGGUCAAGCUCAAUUCUAUGCCAUGGUUCCACGGAAAGAUAAGCCGCGAGCGAGCAGAGAUGUUGCUACAGCCUCGGGAAGACGGGCUCUUCCUGGUGCGCGAAAGCACCAACUACCCUGGUGAUUACACACUGUGUGUCUGCUUCCGAUCUAAGGUGGAGCACUAUCGUGUUAUCUACCGCAUGGGCAAGCUCACAAUUGACGAGGAGGAAUACUUUGAAGGGCUGCCACAGCUCAUUGAGCAUUACGAGCAAGAUGCAGAUGGGCUAUGCACACGGCUGUCGCGCUCGGUGCCUAAGCAAGGUGGUGAGGUGGCAAUUGACCACCGAGCGUUUGAGAUGGCUGGCUGGGCAAUCAAGAAGCAGGACUUACAAGUGAUUGAGAACAUUGGCAAGGGCGAGUUUGGAGAUGUCUUGCUUGCAAACUACAAAGGCCAGAAGGUAGCAGUAAAAAAAAUAAAGGAAUCUGGCAAGAACAUGCUCAUUGCUGAGGCGUCACUUAUGACGUCCCUACGUCACCCAAACCUUGUCCAGCUUCUUGGCCUGGUCAUUGAGGAGAACUCACUGCAAAUUGUCACCGAGUACAUGGCCAAAGGUUCCCUGGUGGACUACUUGCGUUCCCGGGGACGGCUCCAUGUCACACGUGUGGAUCAGAUCAACUUUGCCACUGACACGUGUGCGGGCAUGGCGUACCUAGAGUCCAAGCAUGUGGUGCAUCGAGACCUUGCUGCUCGGAAUGUGCUCAUCUCGGAUGACUGCCUCGCCAAGGUAUCCGACUUUGGCCUGGCAAAAGACGAGAGUGACAAUCUAGAGGGUGGCAAGUUUCCUAUCAAAUGGACUGCCCCCGAAGCCCUCAAAUGCAACAAAUUCUCCAACAAGUCAGACAUGUGGAGCUUUGGCAUUCUGCUGUGGGAGAUCUACUCCUUCGGCCGGGUACCCUACCCUCGAAUUCCCCUGGCAGAUGUGGUGCGUCACGUGAGCAAGGGCUACCGCAUGGAAUCGCCUGAGGGCUGUCCUAGUGAAGUGUACGAGCUCAUGCGUGCUGCCUGGCAGGAGGAACCUCAGGAGAGACCCACCUUUGCGCAGGUGCUACGCAAGCUGCAGGGUUUGAAACUUGAAGCUCAGAAUGCCAUCUGACAGCAUCCCACAAACAACGUCCCAGGGAUGGCGACGUCUUCUCACUCAGCAGACGCCUGUGCACAACUCCCGUCUUCUAGUAGGCAGGACCAGACAGCUGAGAAGCACCACUCUCUCGCCAGUGAAUUGACUUUUGAACAGAUGCAAGGACUGAAAUGCAGUAUAUCGGCCGCUCCUGUUGUCGGUGUUGCAGCUGUAAGCAGCACUGUGGUGGAGUACGCUGCAGUGAAUGCCGAACAAAGUAUACCUGAGGAUUCAAGUGGCACACUCCUCUUGAGUGCAGAAAUGCCUAUUCUGGAUGCGUGUCUGCAAGAAAGAACUCUGCUGCAAGAGUCAGUCGGUGGCGGGGUAGAAACUGGGCCCGCCAAGACGGCUGCACCCUGUAAGGUGCGGAGUGGUGGCAGUGGUGCUUUGAGCACUACACAGAAGCCAUCAUCGAGCAGCCUAGGAGAGCACCGGACGCGAGUCUCCGUGGCAGGUGCGUUUGCACUCUUGGUGACAGCCUACCUUCAGACCCAGAUCCCUCCAUAGGGGAUGCUCAGUGCCACUCUUGUAUAAGUCUGGAUCACGCCGGGCAACUGUUCUGCUUUGAGGUUUCGUUUUUCUGUCGUGGUUUUUUUGUUUUUGCUUUCUUAUCCUGUGACACCUGCUUGCUCUUGGGCAGGAGUAGCCAUCUUAUUUCUAUUUUAUCAAUUUGAGUGAUACUCAGUUCCGAUAGAGGAGUUUGUGGACGCGUUGCCUUUUGCUGAGAUCUCUGUAGAGAACUCUCUUCUGCUUCACUUCUGCCGAACAUGCGCUUUAGUACACGCAAAGUGUGUAUUGCUCAGAGAAACGUGAUAUUGUUCAGCGUGGAGUAACUGUACCAAUUUCUAAAGCCCACCCAAAAUUUAAAGGCACGUGAUAGACUGGCUUCUUUACAAAUUAUAGUCAGCGCAACAUGACCAGAUGUUAGAAUAAGAAGUAUGCAUAUCUUCUUGUACCAGCCACAAUUAACUUCUUUUUUAUGCCGGUCUAUAUGUGUAAUAUUACUGCCAACAAUUUUCCUCUGCUAUUGUGAAGCAGCAUCCUUGAAGCUCUGGUAUUCUUUUUUUUUAUUAAGUGUCAUGUGAUGUGAAAGCUUCUGUUCUUUGGUAUCAUGUGCAUUGCUAAAGUAAAUAGCUGGUAAGUACUGUAGCAUGACGAGUUGCAAUGUGUCCAUUCUAAAGGAAUAAUACUUUCAAAAAAAGAGUUCGCUGUUACCUACCUCUGUCCUUGCGUUCUUACUUCUACACAAAGUUCAGAUUUAUCACCCCCAUUCUCUUCAUGAAAUUGUUAAGGUCUAUAUGAUGAGAGCAGGCAUGGCAUUGUUUGCCAUGUAUAUUUUCUCUCCUUUGCAACUUUCAGCUCGCACACACUUUAACUUCCAUGUAAGCAAAAACAAAUGUCAGCCUUUUUUGUGGUUGCAUGUUUGUUUGGCUCAGCAGACACAUUAGGAUGAAUGCAGAGUGCUGUCCAAUUGUUGCUAUUUCUGUAGGCGUCUAUGCAGAAACUUGGUGUGAAAGCUUUUUCAUGAUUGGGUGUUCCAUUUUCUCCAUUCCGAGCUGUGCCAAAGUGAACAGCAGUUGUGCUUGAUGAAGGAGACUUGCAAAUCACUUUUGUGAUGUUGGUGCACAAUGCACCCUGUGCAAAAGUUGCAGAUCUCUGUGCAAAUUGCACAGCUAAGGAAGCUCUGUGAUGCUACAAAAAGCCCAUAUUAGCUAACCUAACAAAUGGCCACCACAACCACUAGAUAAUUUCUGUAUCUUCAUGCUGCACUCUAUAAACUUUCUGCUGUGUGACAUGGCAAAUUCUUGUCUGCCAUCUGUAGAUCUUGAAUGAGUCAUAUCUUGUUUAAUGAGGGCCAGGAUAAUUUAAGUUUUACUCUAAUUAUUUUCCUUUUCACUGUUUGUCAGUAGCUCAAACUAAGUUUGACCUAUUAUAUCACCAGGAUCGGCCACUUGUGAGCUGUAGAUGAUAACAAAGGAACAGAACCGAGUGAAAGAAAUAACUAAUUUUUACCCUGCAUACAAUACGAAAGCCUCCUUGUGUUUUUUUUGUAUUUUUUUCUUUUUACAGUAGUACAUCACUGCUAAAAGUUUCGCUGAAAGUGAACAGAACUGCUCUAUUUCUUACUGUGUGAUAAGCCUGUCUUAGGUAUGAGAAAUGUGGCCAAGUUAUUCUGAAAAUGCCAAAAAUCAUUCCUUCCCUAGUGGUGCAUUAUCCAUUUACAGUGUAGCAAGGGGCAUAAUUUGGGAGCUUUUUAAACAUUUUGCUCUUUUUUGUGCCAACCAGUUUUUGGCCUAUGCGCAAGACUGGUGUUUGCGGUACCUGGUUGUCUGUAACGCCUAGCUGUGGCUUUAUGCCCCAUCUUUCAGUUGCUUGCACUGCUUUUGUGUCUUGCCAUGCUGCUCUUCGUGUAGGCCACUCUUGCUUCUUCUUGCAGUUGCCGCCAUUCUUGACUGUCAGUGCUGAAGUUUUCUAAGCUGCCUGACCAGUGAGGUAUGGCCAGUGUACAAGCAGCAAUGUUAUCGUGAAGCAAUGUUUGUCCCACAAUGCGCCACAGCAAAGAUAUUCGUGUUAUUCACCACCUGGCGUUUUCAAGAUGGCACUAUCGCCUGACUGCAGUGCCGUUUUUUGCUUAUAUUAGUAUGUUCUGUGGCCUGUUUGAUUUAAAAGGGUGCUAAAGGUGACAUUGAGUCUAACUAUAGUGACAGAUGGCAUUCCUGAAAACUCAUUGUUUUUUUUAUUAGUUUGUUUUUUUAAGAGAAGGGUAGUCAGUUCAAAAUGGCAUGUCUCUCUCUGUUUUCACUGUCCUUGAAUUAUGAAGAUACCACAUUCAUGGCCACAUGAUUGUUGGCGCUGUGCAGAAACUGCUGUCAUAUCGUGCACUGUCGCCCUUUUGAGUUGAAAACAGAUACUGUGGAGUGUUUUUCUAUGACAGACCAGCAAUCGUGGCUUAGUUGCACUUCUUCAUAUUACAAUGCAUUGUGACUUGCCUCUUUAUUGUCCACCAUCAAUGACUAUUCUUCGUGCAUCAUCAGCUUAGCUUGACAUACUUUUUGCCUUCAGCGUCCCUUAAUGAAAAAGCAUUCCCAGGCUUAGUGACAUGCAGGUUAUUGCGUGCGCACAAUUUUUACAUAAGGAGUACACAGCCUUGCCAAGUUUAGUAAAGUGUUGUUUCUGUCUGCCACAAAGGAAACAGAUCAAGUACACAUUUUCCUGCCCAUAGGUUUCAUUAGGAUGACUCAAUGGUUGUUUAAAGGCUUGUUUCGACAAGGCCAUUCUCUUGCUUAUAAUGCUGCAAGCAAUCCUUUGGUGGUUUUUUUGCCUUAGUGUACUCCGCAUGGAGUAAUGGAGUUCAGCAUAGUAGGCAUGGAUGCAGGAACAUAAACAAACAGGGGACGUACUUAAAUGCUGUAUCUUCAAACAGAUGUGUACUGCCUUGGAGCUGGGCAUCUCUUUCUUUUUCUUUACAUUCUAAAUUUUGGCAGUGGGAAAGUUCAAUUGGAGGACUGUAUCAGUUUUCCCAAAGUUAAUUGAAGGCAGUGGUAUAGAGCUAGGUGUUAUCGAUACUAAGGAAGAUGUCAGCGAAAAGUUAAAUAGCAAGUUUACUAGUAGCAGACAUUGUAAAGAAUUAUUUUGUGCCUUUACACUUUACAAGUCAAUUUAUACGUUGCGCCCGUGUGGUACUUUUACAAAUAAUAGAGCAGAAUUGAGAUUUAAGCUAGCAUUCUGAUUUUAUAUUUGAUGUGCACUCUUUUAUGGUCACAUUAGUAGCUUGAAAGAGUUUGUAGGGGUGCACCAUUUGAUAGUAAUGCUAAUGAAUGUUGUAGUAGGUAUAUAUUGAUAACUGCAAAUUUUAUUCCUAGUUAGUUAUUACCGCAUCCAAUUUUAUGUUCUAAAUUGUUUAAUGACUCUGUUGUUUACAUGCCUUUAUAGGUUAUUUUAACAUAAGUAUUGCAUUGUUGAACAUCAUAAGAUCUUUCUUUCCGUGAUUAAGUGCUAGGUUUAUAAUAGCUUUGCUUUUACAACCUUUAAAAUUAAUUUUUAGCUGCUGCCUUUAUACAAGCAGAUCAGAAAACCCAGAGAAAAGCCUUCAGUAAAGGCGCAUGGGCUUAAAGCAGCUCAUAGUUUUCUGCUAAUCAUAAUUAAACUAUCAGACAAAGUAGUGACAGGCAGUGUUUUGAGGACCUGUCACUGUGCUAUGAAUGUAGAGCUGGGCAUGCCAAGUUUCUGGCACUUGCAAAUAAAGGCCGCUGCAGUCUUUUUACCAAGUUGGUCUGUUGCUGCACAGCUGUCAUCAUCCUUUGAGCAGCACUCUGCGCACCUCUUAAAGGAAAUGCUGGUCAUUGUUGUUUGUUGACAAGGCACUUGUUUUGGCAGCAGGUACUUUCAGAAAGUCCAGCAUAUGUGGCAGUUUUAUUUGUGUGCUGAUGUCGAGCUUCUCGGCAGAAAUAAUGUAAUGAUCUUGUUCUAGUUCUAUUCAGUUUUGUGCUUCAUCAUUCGUCCAAACAGUGCCUCCCUUACAUUAUUGCCAGAAUCGGCUGGUCCGAAGUGGUAGUCUGGUGAUACGAGUCUACACUAUGCUGGCCCUGCUCUUUCUGUUUGACCAAAGUGGAAGUUUCUUCAGUGCUUCAUGGGCCUGGGGAUAUGGGGCAUCUUUCUUCUUUUUCCUAUUUCUGAAGCAACAUAGUGUUGGCCUCAGUUCGUGCAGUUACAGUGUUGCAUUGUUAUUUAUUUGAGGUAUUUACUUGCAGCAGUGUUCUUGAUAUAUGCCUAACCUGUCUUUUUGCUUCUGUGUUUGAUCCCUCUAUGCCAGCACAAAGAAUCCUUUAAGUGCUGGCCUCCUUGUGGACAAAGCAGUGAUCAUAUGCCAUAAAUAAUCCCUUCACCAAGUGCAUGACACUUUUCAACAUCUGUGUGGUGUCUUCCCUACCAUGAUAACAGGACAGUUUUAUAUCAUGAAAAAAACAUUUUACAGCGUCAAUAUUUCAGUGAACUUCUACCACCAAAAAUUUUUUUACUGCUAUUAGCCUAGAGUGCGCUCUGGUACCGUUUUGGCUGAGAGAAAAUAUUUCUUUUGGACAUGUCGUGAUUGUGUAUGACUGUGAAUAACCAGCUUUAAAGGAUACGCUCCUCAUGGCUUAAAAGUGUGCAUGAACCCAAAGUGACAUUUUUAAUGGAUAUUUUGUCUUUAAAUCUAUGACAAUCACUGGAGUUGUGUUCUUGUGCUGUGUUUGGCUGUUGUCUGCCCAUUUUCGUGUGUGUGCUGACUUGGCAUACAGUGAGGGGGUAGUCUUUUUCUGCAGAUUUGUUUAAUGGGAAGAGUUUUGUCCAACUUGCUGUGCUGAUAAGUACAGUGCCUUUGAGGAGCGCAAGGUGUAUUUGUUUCGCACUUGAGUUGACUCUUUUGAAAUUGAUUUGCUGCUCAAGGAACUGGUGUGUGAGCCAUGAGUGAGGCUGUUACAUGCUCUUCGUGCAGUUGUGAACUUUUGAUCUGGUCUUUAAACAUGAGACAUUAAAGGCUUUUCACUUCCUGCCAUGAUGCAGGCUUGUAUACCCA